UCCUGAUGCGACAUUUGACCAAUCAGAGCCCUCAGUCUCGGAACAGGUGAACGUCUCCGCCCACCGCCCGCUCCUCUCAGUGAAGACGGAACUCGGGCGUCUGAAAGAGUAAUUGAUGGAGGUCUUGUGGUCAAACCAUUAGCUUUUACUUUUUAAACUACUUUAACUGGCCGAGAGGCAGAAGACGAGCGCCCUGGUGAACGCAGAGCGGGAGGACCUCGCAGUGUGCGUGAAAAUACAUAUCUGAACUUUUGUUUGUUUUGUCAAGGUUCUGACCACUGGCAGUGAUGGCGUUCCGUGAGUUCACAUCUACAGCUGCACAGCUGUAUGACAAGUGGAUGAAAGAUGCAGACCCCAGGACAGAAGACUGGCUGCUCAUGUCCUCGCCGCUGCCCCAAACAGUUAUUAUUGCAUUUUACAUCUACUUUGUGAUGUCACUGGGGCCCAGGUUAAUGGAGAACAGGAAACCGUUUGAUAUGAAGAGGGUCCUCAUCAUCUAUAAUUUCAGCGUUGCGGCUUAUUCUCUUUACAUGUGUUAUGAGUUUGUGAUGUCAGGCUGGGGAACAGGGUAUUCAUUCGGCUGUGAUCUAGUAGACUACUCUCGAUCGCCAAAAGCCAUGAGGAUGGCAUGGACUUGCUGGCUCUAUUACUUCUCCAAGUUUAUUGAGUUGCUGGACACAGUUUUCUUUGUGCUGAGGAAAAAGCACAAUCAGGUGACCUUCCUACAUGUCUUCCAUCAUUCCAUCAUGCCUUUCACUUGGUGGUUUGGAGUCCGGUUUUCUCCAGGGGGUUUGGGGACACUUCACGCCCCUCUAAACUGCAUCGUUCAUGUCAUCAUGUAUACAUACUAUGGAUUGUCAGCUCUGGGCCCUACAUACCAGAAGUUUUUCUGGUGGAAGAAGCAUUUGACUUCAAUACAGCUUAUCCAGUUUGUCAUCAUAACCUUACAUAUUAGCCAGUACUUCUUCAUGAAAGACUGUCCCUACCAGUACCCCGUAUUCAUCUACAUCAUUGCUCUCUAUGGCAUCAUCUUCCUCCUCCUCUUCCUCAACUUCUGGUACCACGCAUACACAAAAGGCAAAAGGCUUCCUAAAGGCCUGCAAAACACAACCAUGCAACAGAACAACAAUGACAUACACCACAAGAAAGAAUAACUGGUGCUGUGUGACUAGCCAAUCAGCAGUGACAAUCUACCUAAAACCGCCUUUUGGCUACAUUUUUAUAAGACUAUUUAUAUGUACACCAUUACAUUUAUCUUGAUGCCCUGGGAAAAACACUAUUGUACAGACUGUGUGUUGCAGUCUGGGCUGGAUCUUGCCUUUUACCCUCAGCUGGGCAUUUGAGUUGAACUCUGGGUCAUUGCCCUGUGGGCUGCUCCUGUUUCUACUCAUUUUCCUCAUUGUUUUCUGCAUACUGACGUGUUUCCCCUUUUUAUUUCAUGAGAUGAGAGUCAGAAGCCUCAC